CUCUACCUGCUCGACGUCACUCUUCCAGUAUUGUCAACCCCAGACGGCACAGUGAGCGGGUAAAUACUUCCUCAAACGCGUUGCUCAUUCUGCUCUCAACUUACACAGCAGCAGUGAGGAUAAGAGGCGAAUUAUUGAAACCUCUCAGACACUGAAGUUGGCACAGUGAUCUCUCACCAUGGCUCCGUUCCUGCGGAUUGCCUUCAAUGAAUUUAACCUGGGAGACCUUCCUCCUAUGACAGAGCAACCGUUCUGUGCCAUCAAAAUGAAGGAAUCGCUCAGCACAGAGCGAGGGAAGACGUUGGUCCAGAGGAAGCCCACCAUGUACCCUGCAUGGAAAUCCCCAUUUGACGCACACAUCUACGAGGGCCGCGUCAUACAGGUGGUCCUGAUGAAAACAGCAGAGGAGGCUUUGUCGGAGGCCACGGUCGGGGUCUCUGUCAUUGCUGAGCGCUGCAAAAAAGGCAAUGGUCGUGCAGAGUUCUGGGUGGACCUGCAGCCUUCUGGGAAGGUGAUGAUGUCUGUCCAGUUCUUUUUCGAGGAUGCAGACCUAGAAUCAAAGUCCUCAAUGACCAUGAAAGAGGAAGAUGGCCUCCUCACAAUAAACCGAAGGAGAGGAGCCAUCAAACAGGCCAAGGUUCACUUCAUCAAGAACCACGAGUUCACAGCCACCUUCUUCAAACAGCCCACCUUCUGCUCGGUGUGCAGGGAGUUUGUGUGGGGUCUCAACAAGCAGGGCUACAAAUGUAGGCAAUGCAAUGCGGCCAUUCACAAGAAGUGCAUUGAUAAGAUCAUUGGGAGAUGCACAGGAACAGCAACCAACAGUCGAGAUACAGUGUUUCAGAAGGAGCGCUUUAAGAUUGACAUGCCACAUCGCUUCAAGACCCAUAACUACAUGAGCCCGACCUUCUGCGACCACUGUGGGAGUCUGCUGUGGGGAAUGGUCAAACAAGGCCUCAAGUGCGAAGAAUGUAGCAUGAACAUCCAUCAUAAAUGCCAGACCAAGGUUGCCAAUCUGUGCGGAAUCAACCAGAAGCUCCUAGCUGAGGCUUUGACUCAAGUCAGCCUGAAAUCUUCCACAAAGCGUCCAGAUCCCAGUCUGUCGGAAAUUGGAAUCUAUCAAGCCAUAGAGAAAAACAUGCCAGUGGACCCUAGUGUGUUAGCGGAGGCCUCUCAGUAUGGAAAACAAUGGGAUGAAACGACCCCUGGCCCUCCCAGCUCCAGCAUCCCAUCCCGCGUCUCCAUGAGCAACUUCGUGUUCCAUAAGGUACUGGGAAAAGGCAGCUUUGGAAAGGUGAUACUGGCUGAGCUCAAAGGAAAGGGGGAAUAUUUUGCCGUAAAGGCCCUGAAGAAAGAUGUUGUGCUUAUGGACGAUGACGUGGAGUGCACGAUGGUGGAAAAAAGAGUGUUGGCAUUAGCCUGGGAAAACCCUUUUCUUACACACCUCUACUGCACCUUUCAGUCGAAGGAGCACUUAUUCUUUGUGAUGGAGUAUCUGAAUGGAGGAGAUCUGAUGUUCCACAUUCAGGAUAAGGGGCGUUUUGAUUUGUACAGAGCCACGUUCUAUUCUGCUGAAACCAUCUGUGGACUACAGUACCUCCACUCUAAAGGCAUUAUAUACAGAGAUUUAAAGUUGGACAAUGUGAUGCUGGACAAGGAUGGACAUAUUAAGAUUGCAGACUUUGGGAUGUGCAAAGAGAACAUAAUUGGAGAAAACAGAGCUACCACGUUCUGUGGCACACCAGAUUAUAUUGCUCCCGAGAUCCUGCUGGGACAGAAAUACAGUUUCUCUGUGGACUGGUGGUCAUUCGGCGUGCUGCUCUACGAGAUGCUGAUUGGCCAGUCGCCGUUCCAGGGCGAUGAUGAGGACGAGCUGUUCGAGUCGAUCCGCAUGGAUGUACCUCACUACCCACGAUGGAUUACCAAGGAGGCCAAAGACCUGAUGGAGAAAUUAUUUGAGCGGGAUCCAACCCGACGGCUUGGUGUUGUGGGAAAUGUCCGUGGACAUGGCUUCUUCAAGACAAUCAACUGGCCUGCCCUGGAGAAACGAGAGGUGUCUCCACCGUUCAAGCCAAAAGUGAAAUCGCCCAAUGACUGUAGCAACUUUGACCGGGAGUUCCUCAGCGAGAAGCCUCGUCUCUCUCUAGGCGACAAGAACCUGAUUGACUCUAUGGACCAGACUGCCUUUAAUGGCUUCUCUUUCAUUAACCCCAAAAUGGACACCAUUCUGGAGAAAUGAGACAUUCUGGCCAGGAUCCUCUAAACCUGCCCCUCUCGAAAUCAAAAAUGGCAUACAGGAGCCAGGAGUUCAACCAGUGUUACACUUGUUAUACUUUCUGGAUGGUCCAAAUAGAUAAUGGUGUAUUUAUGUCUUUGUUAAUCAAAUGAUCAAAACUUCAAAUCAAAAGAACUUCUUUUAAUCAUGUACUAUAUUUGUUUUUGUAAUAUCCCUAACAUAGAAAUGUAUAUGUUCAUGGGAUUAAAUAAUACCCUUACUAUCAGACACGCAUAUACACAACUUGACAAAAAGGGACUCUGAGAGAAAGGGACUGUAUAUUGUAGACUGUAUAAUAUGCUGGGACUUUGCAAUUUGAUUGAAUAGUGGCCUUCUUAACACUCUUGAAUCCUCCUUGUUCGCCCUCAUACAACGUUUCAUUGUUAAACAUAGACUCUCAUACUAAGGUUCAUUUGUGGGAUGAUUUGGCCUUUUUUUGUAUCUAUCCUUUCUUGUUGAUCUGAAACAAGUUUUACAGUGUAAUUGUAAGAUGCUGAUUUUCCCAGUGUGAGCUGGCAUAAGCUCUGCUGAGUGUACACAAAAAUUGUUGUUUUUUUCACUAUGGAUGUAUAAAUAAUGGAAGUCUUGUGUAGGUGAACCUAAAACCUCUGCACUAUGAAAACUUUAGAAAUAUUAAUGUCCUGCUAGACAUCUUGAUCAUGCAUAGGUUUACUUUUAUGGUACUGUAAUAGUUGGUACAGAAUAUUGGUAGGUGGAGGAUAUACAUCUCCUGAGAAAGUGAGAGUAUAAAUAUAUAUACUGUUAUUUAAUGUUGGUAUUUUAAUAAAGUAUGAUACUGUACAUAGCUAUAUGUAUAUUGUUCUGAACUGUUGCUGUUACUGGAGGUAAUCUUUUUUUUUUUACUGAAUUUACUCCUCAGAACUCAACACCAUUAAAGGUUUCCUCAACUUU